CUCUGAGGGAAGUCUACUCUAGUUUCAGAGCUCAGUAAAACAGCUUUAUUGAAUGCAAAACCUGCCAUGGCUGAAUCGACUGUGUGCCCUCCGUUUAGACUCGGCGAGUCUCGGUUUGAUCAGGGUUCAUUUUCUGGCAGAUUAAGACACUUCUUGAAUGUGAUCGACCCUCGAACGCUCUUUGUUUCAGAGAAACAUUUAAAUGAAUGUAUGAAACUUCUGGAUCAAUUCAAAAAUGGAAAUCUGCCUCCAGGUGUAACUAAUGUACAGCUUUGGGAAGCACAGAAGAUUAAACAGGCCAUCAUCCAUCCAGACACAGGAGAGAAGAUCCCCAUGCCCUUUCGCAUGUCAGGUUUUGUGCCCUUUGGUACUCCAGUGGUUGUGGGACUUCUUUUACCCAAUCAGACAUUUGCUUCCACCAUCUUCUGGCAGUGGCUGAACCAGAGUCACAACGCCUGUGUCAACUACUGCAACCGUAAUGCAACUAAGCCCACACCAAUGUCUACAUUUUUCCAGGGUUAUCUUGGUGCAGUCAGCAGUGCAGUUACUAUUGCAGUGGGGCUGAAUAUUCUUAUUAAGAAAGCUGAGCAUUUCAGUCCGGCUACAAGAAUCCUGGUCCAGAGGUUCAUCCCGUUCCCUGCCGUUGCAAGUGCCAAUGUGUGUAAUGUUUUGCUGAUGCGUCACACCGAGCUAUCAGAGGGCAUCAGUGUACUGGACGACAAAGGCAAUGUGGUGGGCACCUCAAAGCUGGCUGCCAGGCAUGCUUUGAUGGAGACAUCCCUGACACGUGUCGUGCUGCCCAUGCCUGUUCUCCUGCUGCCGCCUUUAGUAAUGGCCAUACUGGAGAGGCUCCCUCCACUGCAGAAGCACCCUCGUCUUGCGCUGCCUGUUCAUAGCAUGGUGUGUCUCUCUGCAUUCGGCCUGGCGCUGCCUGUUGCCAUCAGCCUGUUCCCCCAAAACAGUCAGAUCCACGUGUCAGAGCUAGAGCCAGAGAUCUCUGCUGCAACAGAGUGCAAGAUCCUGACCUACAACAAGGGUCUUUAACCAGUAAAUGCUUGACACCUAGCAACUAAUGUCUUUGUCCUUCACUGUAAAACUCUAAUGCGAACAGUAAAAAUGCAAAUUUUGAUUGCGUCUCACGGGAUUGUUCCUGCUGUGUGUGAAUCCUCUCCCAGCCACACACAGAGGCAGACUCACACCAUAGUGCUAAUCAUCCUCUUGCCUUGUACUUGAACAUGGCAGUGGCAAAUAGAGGAUAUUUGAAUUUCCCUCUGAUCUACUUACAAUUUUACAUAAUUAUCAGCCUUCUCACACAAACAGUUCUGUACUAACUGCCUGUAACUAUAAUGUUUGCAAAGUAAUUGUCUCAAAACAAUAAAUAACCAGUUUUGACAUUUUAAACUGUUGUAAUUAGGAAAAAAUGUUGUUUACACAGAAUUCAGCUGCCUUUGUGUUAUUUUCUCAUAAUUCCUUUACGAACCACAAAUCAUUCUCAGAAUGAAUAGGAAUGUAACUGAAAUUUAAAAAAUAUAAUAAUGCAUUCACAAAU